CCCCUCUACUUCUGUGCCUGGUCUCCCUCCCCCCAGUCAGUACACCUUUCCCCUCCUCUGUUGUACAGGCGUCUCCAUUUUCUGCAUCGGUGAUUUUGUACUCUUAGGACUCCCGUGCAGAGACCAGGUCUUCUUCCCACCUGGGGUACUGUGUGUGGUCCCCAGGCAGGUCUUGGUUCACCUAUCAGAAGUUCUUGGGUCAGGAAACAGACAGCACAGAGUUUGGCCACUGUUGUUAACCAUGCCUUGGAUCCCUGCUGGAGGAGGACGCCUGUUGCUGUUGUUAAUGGUCAUUUUGGGACUUGGACAUAGUCUUCAUUUACAGAAGGUGAGAAAAAGUGACCACAAACCUGGUGUAAAACCAGAAUAUACACGUCUAAUACGGCAGAAACGGGAAUGGAUUAUCCCACCUCUUUCAAUACCAGAAGAACAGGAUAAUUCUUUUAGGAAUCCUAUAGCAAAGAUACAAUCUGACUACCAGGGCUCCAAAAGAAUUCGAUAUUUGAUCACUGGAGCAGGAGUUACUGAGCCCCCUCUUGGCAUAUUCUAUAUCAAUGAGAGGACUGGUGAAGUAAAUGUGACUGGGAUUGUGGACCGAGAGGAAAAUCCAAUGUUCUAUCUCAAAGGAUAUGCAUUGGAUCAGAGCGGUAAAGAUGUUGAGCCACCUAUUGAUCUUCGUGUAAAAGUUCUAGAUAUCAAUGAUAACUUCCCAAUGUUUACAUCUGAAGUUUUUAUCGGUGAGAUUGAGGAAUUGAGUGAAGCAGACACCCUUGUAAUGAAGCUAAGUGCAACUGAUGCGGAUGAUCCACAGACAUUGAAUGCUAAACUUGCCUACAAAAUUAUCUCUCAAGAGCCAAGUUCACCACCAAUGUUCGUGAUCAUAAAAGAAACAGGUGAAGUUCGCACAACUUCAGCCUCAAUCGACAGAGAGCAACAAACCAGUUACAGUCUGGUUGUGGAAGUGAAAGACUUGGAUGGGGCUCCAGGUGCGCUCGCUGGAAGAUCUACGCUGAAAGUCAAAGUUAAAGAUGUUAAUGACAACAUUCCAUACCUGGAAUAUGAGGAGUAUGAAGGUAGCGUGGAAGAAAAUACAGCUAAUGUGGAAAUAGUGCGUAUGAAAGCAAUUGACCUUGAUGAAGAAUUUACAGAUAAUUGGUUGGCCAACUUCACAAUCAUCUCUGGAAAUGAAGGUGGCCAUUUUGAAAUAAUAAGAGAUUCUAAAACAAAUGAAGGAAUACUAAUGAUUGUUAAGGAAGCCGAUUAUGAGGAAAUACAAAAUGUUGAACUGAAAGUAGUUGUUUCCAACCAAGCAGAAUACCACCACUCGGUUUAUAAAUCCAGUGGCGGUGGCAGCGGCGGUGGUGGUGGUGGUGGUGGAGCAGCAGGUGGUGGAGGGGGAAGAGUUGGAAAGUCCAUUCCCAUUAAAGUGAAGGUGAAAAAUGUGCCUGAGGGUCCUGUGUUUAGGCCAAGGAGAAAAUCCCUUGUGAUCAAGGAGGGAAAAAGUGUAAUGAUCAAUCAAGUUAUCGGUUCAUACCAAGCAACUGAUGGAGACUCUGGAAAAAUUGCUUCAAAUGUCAAGUAUGCAAAGGAGUAUGACCCAGACAAUUGGUUCAUGAUUGACCCAAUCACAGCUGAAAUUAAACUUUCAAAAAUACCAGACCGUGAGUCAAUAUACGUAGUAAAUGGGACCUACAUGGCAAAGAUUUUGGCUAUUAGUGAAGUUCUUCCAGGAAAAACUGCAACAGGGACCAUUGCAAUUGAAGUUGAAGAUGAAAAUGACAAUUGUCCAACACUAGUAGAACCAGUGCAAACUGUUUGUGACACAUCUUCAUUUAUCAACGUGACUGCUGUGGACCUUGAUGGAUACCCAAAUGGUGCUCCUUUCACAUUUACAGUCAUUGAUGAGCCAGUAGGAUUUGCUAAAUUAUGGACAAUUGGUAAAAAAGAUAAUGUUAGCGUGCAACUGAAGCCUACAGAGACCUGGCCUGGUAUACAUACAAUUCAGCUUUUGGUUACUGACAAUCAAGGAUUAAGCUGUCCGACAUUACAGGUCCUUAAGUUAACUGUCUGCACCUGUGGAGAUGGUUUUGCUUGUAGAGACAAAAUGGUGGACACAUCUGUUAAAUUGGGAGGUGGAGCCAUUGCACUCAUGAUCCUUGCCUGCUUGAUAUUAUUAUUGAUACCACUUUUGUUACUAAUGUGCUACUGUGGAUCUGGAGGAAAAGGAUUUAUGGCCAUUCCUGAUGGGACAGAAGCGACGAUUCUGAGUUCAAACCAUGAACUGGCAGAACCACUGAACAUGGCUUCUCUACCAAUUGUUUCAGUAAUGGCUGGUGAGAAUGGAGGGGAAGUUGGUGCUGGAAUAAAAUCUAAUGGGUAUGGCUUCCAAUCUGAAGGAUAUGGAAACAAUUUAAAAGGAAUGUACUCAUCCACAACGAACACACGAUGGGAAGAGCACAGAGGACUUAUGUCUGGCGCAGGGCAUGCUGAAGGGUUCGGUUUUGGAAACCAAUCAAUAGGAGUUUUAGCUUCAGGAAGCGGUUCGGGAGUGGGAGCUGGUGGCGGGUUUGCAGCUGCCGGAGAUGGUGGGGCUUAUGCAGCUGGAAGUGCAGUGGCCCUGAAUGAAGACUUUUUAAAAGAAUACUUCAAUGGUAAAGCCAUUUCAUUUGCCGACGAGGAGGAUGCACAGCCAUCCAAAGAUUGCAUUCUGACUUAUUCCCAAGAAACCGAAUCACUUGCAGGCUCUGUUGGCUGCUGUAGUUUCAUUGAAAGUGAAUUUGACGAGACAUGUCUGGAUAAUUUAGGGCUGAAGUUUAAAGUUCUGGCAGACAUUUGUCAAGGCAUUGAAUUAAGCUCUGCUGGGCACAUAGAAGAGUACAGAUCCUAUGAUAAUCUCAGGCAAGAUACACUGCAAGCACAAGAAAACUUGGAAUUUGCUGCAGCUCAAGAGCAAGAAGAGUUUGACCUACGAAAUGCUUCACAAUUCGAAACCGCCUAUACUUCAUCAUCCAUGGGCCACCAUAUAACUGAGCCAGAAACUGCAAUGAUAGAAGAAGUGGUUGAUCAGUCCUACGGAUCUUCGAUGUACAUUCAUGAGCCUGUUGUUCGUGGUAAUGUCCUUGUGACAGAGAAGACCUACACCACAGGUCCUCCAAUGCGAUUUGAGCCACUGCAUCAGCAAAACGUGCUGGUGACAGAGAGGGUAAUUCGUCCUGCUUCUAGUAUGCAUAAAAUUAUUGACAUUGCAGAUGGGCAAAAUGUUAUGGUUACUGAGCGUAUGAUCAAAUCAGACAAAGGUAGGUCUGGAUUAGAUGUUGGUGAGCUUUCAGAUUCACAAUACUUACUUGUAACUGAAAGGGUCAUGGCACCUAGCUCAGGUUUAAAGACCUCAAUGAGCAUUCCUGACAUAUCUGUAGGGCAAAAUGUUCUAGUUACUGAAAGGCAUUAUGCUCCAAUAUCCAGUGUACAGGGCAAUGUCCUAAUUCAAGCUGAACGAUCUGGUGGGCAAAGUGUGGUGGAGAACAGAACAGUCGCAGAAAGUGGGUUAGAAGGCCAGAUUAACUUUAAUCAAGGUGGUUAUUUGAUGGAAGAACUGCCUCCUUCCAGUAGCAAUGUAGGGAAAUCAACAAGCCGAGUCACGAAAUACAGUACUGUACAAUAUACUCGUUCUUAAGCAAUAUCUUAGAAUGCAAGCUUGCUAUUGAAGUUUGAAAGGUUUUAAUAGUGUAAAGUAAAUAGUUAUUCGUUUUCUUUAAGCUUGGCAAUUACGCAGUUUUAUUUUUAAGAUCCCUUCCAAACAGAAUAUCAAAUAGUAAAUCUUUCCAGCUACACAGAAUAUUUUGCAAAACCCAAUUUAGGAAAUGUCUAGCAGUCAUUCAGUAUGUUGCACUCUAGUGUUAGUAUUUGAAAGGGAAACCCACUAGUAAUUGCUUACACAGUGUUGUUUUGGACACUUGAGAAACACUGAAACCUUCAUUUUAAUAUCUAUCCUUUCUGCUUAAGAGUCCAGCACAGUAAGUCAGAAUGCAUAGUAUGUAAUGUGCAUUCAAAAAGGAAGCAAAUGUAUACAGAUCCUUUUUACCCUUCUUUUAGAGGCAAAGCUUUUUAUUUUAAAGACUGCUUUACCUUUUGGUGUUCUAUCAAUAUGAUGGUUAAAUAGAUUGUAUCAUUACCUGGAAAGAAA